UUGGUGCCGGAGUCUGAUCUGGUGUGUCGCAGGCGGACGGGCUGUUGGGGCCUCGCUGUUCGGAUUCCCGUUUGCUGGUUUCGUGGCGUCGCCUCCCCGUUGUCGUGCAGAAUGUCACUGUGGUACGAGCUACAACAGUUAGAUUCCAAGUUUCUGGAGCAAGUGGAUCAGCUCUACGAUGAUAACUUUCCGAUGGAAAUCAGGCAGUAUCUUGGACAAUGGCUGGAGACUAAAGACUGGGACCAUGCUGCCAGCAAUGAUUCACUGGCCAUAAUCUUGUUCCAUGAACUGCUGGUGCAAUUAGAUGACCAAUACAGUCGAUUUUCUCUGGAAAACAACUUUCUGCUUCAGCAUAACAUCAGAAAAAUCAAACGAAAUCUUCAGGUUAACUUUCAGGAAGAUCCUACUUUUAUGGCACUUACAAUAUCUAAGUGCCUGAAGGAAGAAAAGAAAAUCCUGGAAAAUGCACUAAAAGCUGAACAGAGUCAUGUUGGUCCUGUCCAGAAUACUGUAAUUCAGGAUAAGCAGAAGCAGCUGGAUCAGAAAGUGAAGAACAUAAAGAGCAAUGUUCAAGAGAUCGAACAGGAAAUCAAGUCUCUUGAAGAUCUUCAAGAUGAAUUUGAUUUCCGAUCUAAAACUUUGCAAAGUCGAGAGCAUGAAGUAAAUGGUUUGGCUCAAAAUGAAAUUAAACAAGAAAAAGUCCUUCUUCAUAAUAUGAUGCUCAAGUUGGAUUUGAAACGAAAGGACGUAAUCAAUAAAACUGCCUCCCUCCUGAAUGAAACUGAGCAAAUUGAGGGAAUUUUGAUCAAUGAAGAGUUAGUGGAAUGGAAACGGAGACAACAGAUCGCAUGCAUUGGAGGACCACCAAAUACCUGCCUUGAUCAGCUGCAACAAUGGUUCACGUUGCUAGCUGAGAGUUUGCAACAGGUUCGGCAACAGUUAAAGAAAUUAGAAGAACUUGAGCAGAAAUAUUCAUAUGAAGGAGACCCCAUUACUCAGAACAAACAAUUUCUCGAGGAAAGGAACAAUAAUUUGUUUUGCAAUCUUAUUAAAAGUUCCUUUGUGGUGGAGAGACAGCCUUGCAUGCCAACUCAUCCUCAGAGACCAAUGGUCCUCAAAACUGGUGUGCAGUUUACUGUUAAGUUAAGGCUGCUGGUAAGGCUACCAGAACUAAAUUACCAAUUGCGUGUAAAAGCAUCCUUUGACAAGGAUGUCGCUGAAAAGUGUGCUAUAAAGGGAUUUAGAAAAUUUAACAUACUAGGAACUAACACCAAAGUGAUGAACAUGGAGGAAUCAACAAAUGGAAGUUUAGCUGCUGAAUUCAGACAUCUGCAACUGAAGGAACAGAAGAAUGCAGGAAGCCGAACAACAGAAGGUCCUCUUAUUGUAACUGAGGAACUUCACUCCAUCAGCUUUGAAACCCAGUUCUGUCACCAAAAUCUGAUAAUUGAUCUAGAGAUUACAUCUUUACCAUUGGUAGUGAUAUCCAACGUUAGCCAGCUGCCCAGUGGUUGGGCUUCUAUUUUGUGGUACAACAUGCUUGUAAGCGAGACUAAGACCUUGGCUUUUUUCUCCAACCCUCCAGCUGCCAAGUGGUGUCAGCUAUCUGAGGUACUGAGUUGGCAAUUUUCCUCCAUCACCAAACGAGGCCUGAAUGCUGAACAGCUCAGCAUGCUGGGAGAGAAGUUACUAGGUACAAAUAAUUGCUUCAAUGACAGUACCAUUCCAUGGACACGAUUCUGCAAGGAGAACCUGAAUGAAAAGCCUUUCUCAUUCUGGCUGUGGAUUGAAGGGAUUUUGGAGUUGAUCAAAAAGCAUCUCCUGCCUCUCUGGAAUGAUGGGUGGAUCAUGGGUUUUGUGAGUAAGGAAAAAGAACGUGCUUUACUGAAGGGUAGGCAACCUGGUACAUUUUUGCUGAGGUUCAGCGAGAGCAGUAGAGAAGGUGCCAUUACUUUUACCUGGGUGGAAAUAUCACCAAGUGAUGAAUCUCAAUUUCACUCAGUGGAGCCAUACACAAAGCAUCAACUGUCAGCAGUAACCUUCCCAGACAUCAUUCGUAAUUACAAAGUUAUGGCAGCUGAAAAUAUUCCAGAAAAUCCAUUGAAGUAUUUGUAUCCUGAGGUCCCAAAAGAUCAAGCAUUUGGAAAAUAUUACUCCAGGCCAAAAGAUCCUUCAGAGCCUAUGGAUGUAGAUGACUCCAAGACCAGUGGUUAUAUAAAGACUGAACUGAUCUCUGUAUCUGAAGUUCAUCCCUCAAGACUGCAGUCAACAGAAAAUCUUCUGCCUAUGUCUGUGGAGGAUUUUGGCGAAUUGGAGCGCCACUUAAGUCCUUCAGACAUUGACACAGUGAUGUGUUCAGCCUAUCCAAAUUAACCAAGAGUGGUCUUCAUAGCUGUGGAUCCGCAAGUUGUGACGUUGUUGUUUGGAAGCUUCAUUGUAAAUAAUGACAUUUUGUUAAACAUUUUAAAAGUUAAGUAGCUACUGCAUGUAAUGUUUUAGUUACAUUGAGUAUUUGUAUCACUUUCAUUUUCUUGAACUCAUUUCCAUACAAAUAAAUUUUGGCUGUUCAAUUACCAA